UUGCCAAUGGAUCGUUUCCAAUCUUCCAUUGUUUACCCUCCUCGGUUUUUAGAUUUACGUAUUUUUUUUUUUUUUUUUAGUUUUAGUUUCUAACUUUUUUUUACAAUUUUCAAGUUUUAGUUGUGUUUAUCGAUAUCAAAACUAACCGCUUAAUUUUGUGUUCUAUAAUUUUUAUAGUUAUAAGCUUACCGGUUUUUAAAAUGGCUCCUAAGAAGAGGGAAAAAGAACUGGACAAAAACAGAAUAGAUCAUGCACAAGCUGAUCAUGAACUAUUUCUACAAGCCUUUGAAAAACCCACCCAGAUUUACAAAUAUUUAAGGAAUCGUAGUUUAUUUUCGCCUUUAUUUUUAGUCAGAACAUUAAGCUACAUGAGAGCGAAUCGUCCAAAAUCAAAGCGUCCCAAAAAGAAAUUGGAUAUUGACUCAUUGUUAAAUACUGUGGAAAAAAAACUUUGUGAAAAGAAAACAUGCAGCAAACGAUAUUUAACAAUUACUUAUAUUGGAUAUUAUGAUGAGAAAAUGAAAAAUGAAAAUGAACCUGUUAAAAUUGAAACUAGUCUUAUGAAAAUUAGUCACAAAAAACGGAAAGAUACUUGCCCAUUUUCAUUGGUUUCUUACGGGUUAUCAUCUGUUCCUGUCAACCCAACGUGCACUCAAUUAGGAUCACAAGCUGCUAUAGUUUCUAUUCCAGUUGAUUCAAUUAAUACUAUGAAUGGACAAUUAUCUAAAUCCCAUCAUUUAUUAGUUAGGGUUACUAAUGUAGCUUCUAAUUCAGAUUCUGAAAACACUGAACCGAGUCAAAAAAAAAGAAAAAUGAGUGUUAAAGAAGGCAACGGAGUUACUAAAAAAGAAUUUGGGGCAAAUUUAAUAAUACACGACAAACAAAAUCGUUGUUUACUUAAAGAUGGUGACUAUGAUUGUAUCGUGGAAGAAAUAAAUAUUAGUCCUGUUUCAGCUGCAGGAAAAUCAGCUUCAUGGGAACGUCUUAAAGAAGUAAAAACUGGACCUCAAUAUAGUGCUUUUGAAAAUCGUAAUAAGAUUAAAUUGCGUUUAAAAUGGUCAACUGAGCCUAAUAACACUACUGUUGAAUAUCCUCUUGUUGAUAACAAAGAAAAUAAUUGGCCAACAUCCAAUUCAAGAAAGAGUAGCAGUGUACAGAAUGCUAAUGGUUCUAUGGAUAAUUCAUCUAAUAAGUUGAAAAUAGUAUAUCAGUUUUUGUACAACAAUAAUAGUCGUCAACAGACUGAAGCUAGUGAAGAUUUACAUUGCCCAUGGUGCACAUUGGAUUGUUUUACAUUAUAUGCAUUACUUAAACAUUUGAAACUUUGUCAUGCACGAUUUACUUUUUCUUAUGUUCCAACAGGAUCUGGUGCACGAAUUGAUGUUGCAAUAAAUGAACAUUAUGAUGGGUGUUACAUUGGUUGUCCACAAGAUUUAAUUGCACAACCACAAAAAGAUGAAGCUAAGAGUGUUGGAUAUCGUAUAACUCGAGUUGGUCCUGUUAGACGUGCAGUUGUUUCAAAGAUAGUUGUUUGUCACCCAAAACGUCUUAGACGUGCAUCUUUAUCAGAAUUUCUACAUGAAUUGGAAGAUACUGAUGGAUAUGAUGGUCAGAGGCCCUAUGUUACUGGACAUAAUAGAUUAUAUCAUCAUACAUCUACAUGUCUCCCUAUUUAUCCAAGAGAAAUGGAUGUUGAUAGUGAAGAUGAAAGUGACCCUAUAUGGUUAAGGAAAAAGACAGCAAUGAUGAUUGAUGAAUUCACUGAUGUUAAUGAUGGUGAAAAAGAGAUAAUGAAAAUGUGGAAUUUACACGUUAUGAGAGAAGGGUUUGUCGGAGAUUGUCAAAUACCAUUAGCUUUAAGCAUGUUUGUUGAGAAUAAAGGAAGAGAUAUUCUUAGAAAAAACUUAUAUAGAAAUUUUAUGCUACAUCUCUGUAAUUUAUGUGACCUACGUCUUAUAAGUCCAGUAACAUUUUAUACUACUAUACAAAAAUUACAAGAUAUUAUAGCAGUUGAUUCGGAAACUAGCAAUGUUUUAUAUGAAUCUUUCGAAGCACAGCGGAAAUAUUGGCGUGAGGAAGGUGCUAAAAAAGCCGAAGAUCGUACUGAAAUCAGGUGUUUAGUGCAAAGCCCAUUGCAGUCUGAUAUUGGUACUAGACGUAAACCAGCUGGAUCAUUUUAUCCUUUAAAACUUCAAGAUAAAUUAAAAGGAAAAGUUAUGAAACAACAAAAUGGUCGUAAAGGUACUACAAGACAAAAUCCUCCUGCCACUAAAAAUGCUAACAUUGUUGAUGAAAAAAAAUCUGAUAAGAAAAGUGACAAAAAAGGAGGAUCUACUACUAGAUCUCAAUCUGCUGUUCGGACUGAUAAGCCAGAUAAACCAGUUGAAAAACGCAAUAGCACAUCUUUAAAUGGUGAAGAUCAUAAAAUAUCUGCAACUUUCACAGUUAGACGUAGGACAUUCCCUACAUUGACUGAUAAGAAAAAACCAGUUCCUGAAAAAUUGCCAACCAAUGUUUCUGAAUCUAUUAGGCGAAAAUAAAUAGGUAAUUAUUGUUGUGAUAAUUUGAAAGAAAUUGUAAUCUAUUUCCCAAUAUGUCUAAAAUGAUUUAAUUUAUAUUGUCUUAAACAUUCUCUCAAGUUCAGAGACAAAACAUGUUUAUUAUUACUAAUAUAAUUACUACGAUAAUUAUUUUAU